UAGAUGGGAUUAGUGACCACAUGACCACAUUCAGUGUUCAUGGUCCACUGGAUCGUGCCCUCUCUAUUGCUUCUUGCAACAAAGUUAGAGCGGCGGCAAGCACAGUCCGCCAAAACUGCAGAGAACGACUUUGAACAUGAUUUUACGCAAACUGGCUCACAUUUAUUUUUAGUAAUUCCUAACGCUGUUCAUUUGAGCGCACAUGGACAUAAUCGGACAAGGAGUGCGUCGUAAAUCGCAAUUGAUGGCGCAGGACAUUGCAACAGCAGGGGAGGAGUAUUUGGAAGAGAAAAUAGGUUACGAUUCAGAUGGAGAUGUGGCAAGUGAAGAGAAUGUGGAAUAUGAUGAUGUAUUGGAACUUAAUCAAUUUGAUGGACUGCCUUAUUCCUCACGGUAUUAUAAAUUGCUGAAGGAAAGGACUGCUCUCCCAGUUUGGAAAGCCAAGAGUGAGUUCAUGGAAACUUUGGUCAACAGACAGUUUGUUAUGGUCAGCGGCACUACCAAAACAGGCAGAAGUUCUCAGAUCCCUCAGUGGUGUGCAGAGUUCUGCCUCUCAGUCCAGUACCAGAACGGCAUGGUGGUGUGUACUCAGAUACACAAGCAGCAGACAGUGGCUUUGGCCCUGCGGGUGGCUGACGAGAUGGACGUCAACAUUGGUCAUGAAGUGGGCUACAGCAUUCCGUUGGAGACAUGCUGCUCCAGUGACACUGUCCUCAGGUACUGUACGGACGACAUGCUGUUGAGGGAGAUGAUGUCCGACCCCAUGCUGGAGCAGUACGGCGUCAUCAUCAUCGACCAGGCCCACGAGAGGACGGUCAGCACCGACGUCCUGCUGGGCCUCCUGAAAGACAUCAGCCUUCAGAGGCCAGAGCUGCGGGUGGUGGUGCUCACCGCCUCCCAUCCCGGCCCUAAGCUGCUGGCCCACUGGGGCUCAGGCUCAGCGCCGGCCCCUUUCAUCCAGCUGGAGGGCCUGGCUGGAGGAGAGGCGGUGCACAGCAGCACUGCUGGGGCCAGCCACAAGGACUACUUUUGCUCCGCGCUGCGCCUGGUGCUGGAGAUCCACCGCUCGCAGGAAGGAGGAGAUGUGGUGGUGUUCCUGGCCACCUCUCAGGAGAUAGAUCUAGCCCAGGACAUCCUGCGUCGCGAGGGGCCCAGUCUCCCCACAGCCCAAGGGGAGCUCCUGCCCAUCACCAUGCACCCUGGGCCGGGGUGCAGUCUGCUCGUCCUGGGGGAGGGGGAGGAGGGCAGGGCCAGGAGGGUCUUCCUCACCUCGAGCCCAAAUGAGGAGCUCUUCUGGGCUGUCGAUUCAAUCCGCUUCGUCAUCGAUGCUGGGGUCCAGAGAAGAUGCGUAUACAACCCCAGGAUUAGGACUAACUCUGCUGUCAUACGUCCAAUCAGUAAGAGCCAAGCAGAGAGUCGGCGGCAGCUGGCAGGAAAAUGUUUCUGUCUGUACCCAGAGGACAUGCCUCUGGCCAAUGAGACAUGGCCACACAUUCUGGAGUCUGACAUCACUUCCACUGUGCUCUUCCUGAAGAGGAUGGAGAUCGCCGGUCUGGGCCACUGUGACUUCAUCGACAGACCUGAUCCAGAAGGUCUGAUGCAGGCUCUGGAGGAGCUGGACUACCUGGCAGCUCUGGAUGACGACGGCAACCUGUCCGAGAUGGGCAUCAUCAUGUCCGAGUUGCCCCUGGAGCCCCAGAUGGCCAAGACCCUGCUGGCCUCCUGCGAGUUUGACUGUGUCAACGAGGUGGUCACCAUCGCUGCCAUGUUGACAGUUCCUUCCUGCUUCCUGGUCCCCUCGGCGGAGCUGCGUCCUGAGGCUGCCCAGUGCCACAUGAAGUUCCAGCACCCUGAAGGAGACCACUUCACCCUCAUCAACAUCUACAAGGCCUUCAAGCAGCACCAGCAGGAGCCAAACUUCUGUGUGGAGAAGUGGUGCCAGGACCUCUACCUCAGCCUGCCCGCCCUGCAGACAGCCGAUGCCCUCCGCUCCGAGCUGAUGGCCACCCUGAGGAGGAUCGAGCUGCCCGUGUCCAUGCCAGCCUUCGGCUCCAGGAUCAACACCCUCAACAUCAAGAAGGCUCUGCUGGCAGGGUUCUUCAUGCAGGUGGCGAGGGAUGUGGACGGAUCGGGGAACUACUUUAUUCUGAACCACAAACACGUGGCCCAGAUCCAUCCUCUGUCCGGCUACGGCACCAAGAUCCCCAAACUGGGCCUGCCCGACUGGAUCCUCUUCCACCAGUACUCCUUCUCCGAGGACAACUGCCUGCGUACCGUCUCACACAUCUCCCCGGAAGAGUUCAUUCAGAUGGCACCACAGUACUUCUUCUACAACCUGCCAGCCAGCGAGAGCAAGGACAUCCUCCAGCACAUCCUGGACCAUGGAGCUGCACACUGCAAAGGCAAGAAGACGACCAGCCCCACUCUGGAGACGGACUCCCCGGAGGAACAGGCCUACGAGAGAUGUGUCAUACAGUAACCACCCAGGAAGACCAGGUCUACGAGAGAAGUGUUAUACACUAAACAAGAUGCUCCCCAUCUCUGUCCUUGGAGAGCUAGCGUCUCUACAACCCUAGUUGUAACUAACUCAAUGCUGUUUGUCGACAACCUAAUUAGUCCUCAGGUGUACAAAAUUAGGCCACUAAAAGAAAACGUACAGGCAGCUAUCCAGGGAUGAGAGACUGUGCUGUAGGCUGGUUGGAGGCAGGCGUCCCUAUCCAUGCCUCCUCGUCUGCUUUGCACUAGUAUUACCUUCAAAUCUGUGUGUCUAAGUAAAAUAGAGGGAUGGAGAGCUGAAGUGAAUGAGGAAGAUGGGAUAAUAGAAGUACAGUAAGGAGUGAAAACCAAGGACAGAACUACAUCAGUGACGAAUGUCAGGGCAACAUGAUCUUUACAUACAUAGUAUUCAAGCACAUAGAGCUGCAUUAGUUAAUAACUCGAAAUCCGCUAAUAUAUGGAAACAAGACUACCGGUCCUGAUUGUCAAUUUGUUAGUUGUAUUGUUAUUUAAAGACGCAUGUUUUAGUGACUGUAUUUAUAGAGCUUUCUUCCGUUUUGUUACUUGCACUUUAAUAAUAAAUAUUCCUGCCUGACACAAAUAUUCCUCUCUGAAACAAAUGUAUGUGGUGAGACGUACUUGCAAAAGAUAUUUGCUUCGUCUGAGACUGUUCUUCCUCCACUGCAUUCUUAGGAGAGCUAACAGUUCAUGGAAUACUGGAUCCCUAGGGUACUGUUUGACCACUUCUGCUAGUUUAACCUUCUGUCUUCCCCUAUUAAAGUUCCUCCAGUUGCCAUGUUGAAGGCAGCUGGCCCGGACAGAUUUCCCAGGCACAGGGGAGCAGACAGCGAGCUGUCCAAGCCACAGGGAGAAGCCAGAGUUUGGGGUUUCCGCUCCAUCUGCUACCCAGGGAGCCAGAGCAGAGCUGGGCAGGGACGGGGUGACCC